CCACUGAAAGUCUGACAGGCUACUUGUCAUUGUCACCCAACCCGGCAUUACUAUUAUCUACAGCUUUUUCUUCGUGUCAUUCUGCAUUUGUGUAAAAAAGAGCCACCAUGUCAAAACAAUGUUCACCAUAUGGUUAAAGCCUUAGAGGGUAAACAUUCAAAGUACAUUUAGUCCGGAUAUCGAAUAAGACAUCUGAUUGCUUUACUCCCACAGAGAGGGUUUUGUUGUGUGUGUGUGUGUGUGUGUGUGUGUGUGAAGACAAGAAAACCUAAGAAAGAAUAGAAGAAGCAAUCAUCAAAGAGGAGUCUGCGGGGAUAUCCAAUAUCCAGUAUCAUUUUAUCCCAGACUUGAUAGCUGCAACCUACCACCUUUACCAUCCUGUUCACCAUAAUAUCAUCAAGAGUAAGAAAAUGGAAGGCGACGGAGACGGCAGCAAGAAAGGGUUGGAAGGCACUGGCUUGGAUCUGCCGCAGAAUAAGCACGGAAACUUGAAGAGUGCUUCAAGCGAUCAAGAUCUUAGGGACGUUCUUCUUCAUAUCAAGUCCUCUAAAACCCCUACAGUUAUCAAUUACGGAGCCUCAUGGUGCCGCGUUUGUAGUCAGAUUCUCCCUGCAUUUUGCCGGCUGAGCAACCAGUUUCCGAAGCUCUCUUUCAUAUAUGCAGACAUUGAUGAAUGCCCAGAAACCACACAGCACAUACGUUACACUCCUACUUUUCAAUUUUAUCGAGAUGGUGAAAGGGUGGAUGAGAUGUUUGGUGCUGGAGAAGAGCGCCUCCAGGAUCGCUUGUGGUUACACUCCUGAAGAAUUAUGCUAGUGCGUUUUCUGGAUAUCUCCUUUCUCAAAUUAUGUGGAUCUGCUGUCUUUGAAUUAUUGAACUUCACUUUGACUUUAGUUGCUGUCUACUGACAAUUGACUCUUCAUUUUGCUUAGUGAUAUUCUAUAUAUGAGCAUAUGGCUUCCCAAAUGCAUAUGUAUUCCUAUGCUAUCUGUGUAUGUACAUGUGUAUCAAAUGCAUAUGUAUUCCUAUGCUA